CACACACACACACACACACACACACACACACAAACACACACAACACACACACUUUACCUUUCUUCUCUCUACUGAGAAGGUAAAGGUACGUGAACUGACAUACGCAUGGAUGAACAUAAAUACAGAUAGACAGGUACACACACGAAGGAGGAAUGCAGGCUGAAACUAGACAAACUAAAGAACUGGAGCUGAAAAACCUGGACCCGGAUUUCAAGGGCUUGGAAAAUGACCUGAACAGCACAAAGGACUCGGAGGACGGUGUGAACAGAGAUGAAGAGGCCUUGUUGCUGUGGGUUCCCUUCGGACGCAGACUCAUUUCUGGACUCUUUGGGAUCAACGUGGUGCUGCUGGGAGCCGCGCUGAUCGGAGGAGACACUCUGAACCCGGAUGGGCUUCAACACAACGAGCCAGAGGUGUUUCUGCUGCUGCUGAUGGGGUUCAGUGUGGUGUGGAUGCUGUGGUACCUGCUGUGGUCACGACGGCAGCCUGGAGCCCCUCCACACACUGAUCACCAUGCAGGUGGCGCUACAGUCACCGUGGUGCUCAUGCUGUUUGCAGGUUUCAGUCUGUUGCUGUGUGUGUUCAUGAUGGCGUACAACGUCAUGAUGACAAAAUGUCAGCCAUUAGCUAAAGUGCUUCUACCCUUCAUCCAGGCUCCGUUCCUCAUCCUCCAGACCUACCUGCUCUGGUCUCAUUCCAAAGACUGCAUCCACAAACACAAAGUCUUCACCAGGUCUGGACUAAUGAUAACCCUGUGCACAGACGUCCUGUUAUGGCUGAGUGCCGUAACAGAAGAUACCAUCCAGAUGGAGAUAGCACUGGAGAGAGAGUACAACAAGACCAUCAGCAGAGUGAAGACCAAUGAAGGCAUGAAGAAUGUGAUGGAGUGUGAGUGUAGAAGGCCAGUGUGCUUCGCUCUGCGUAAAGGCUACGAGGUCCUAUACCCGUUCAAUAUGGAGUUCAGCCUGCUGGCUGGCUGCAUGCUUUAUGUCAUGUGGAAGAACGUGGGGCGUCAUGUGAUCGGAACCCACUCCGGCCACGCCCAGAAGAUCACACUGCGGAUCGUGCGUCGUGGUGGUGUCCUGCUCGGGCUGAUCCUGGGCGUGAUGGUGCUGAUCUCCGGCAUUGUGGUUUUCCUUCUGUACCAGGUGUGGGUGGGGCAGAAGAAGAAACGGCUGAAUGCUUUUUUGAUGUUUUACUACUUUCACAUUUGCCUGAUGCCUGUGAUGGUUCUGUGCUCACUGGUGGGAACACUAGUGUACCGCUGGAAAGAGAGUAGAGGCCAUAGCCAACAUCAAGGUGGCAAGGCUAAAGGUGAAGGAGGUGCGGCUAAAAACCCAACACGCAAUUUGGACGUACUGCUGCUACUGGGCGCCGGACUCGGGCAGCUCUCUCUCUCGUACUUCUCCUUGGUGGCGGCUUUGGCUCUCGGAUCUGGAGGGGUUCUGGGAAAUUUACACCUGGCAUACUCACUACUCAGCCUGUUGGAGCUCAUACUGCAGAACAUCUUCAUCAUCCAGGGUCUGCACUCUCACAUACACACUCACACACAGCCACACACAUACUCCAUCAAGAACGAGGUGGGCGGUGAGGACGCUGAGGUGGACGCCGAGGUGGAUGCUGAGGGGGCUGAGGCGGAGGUCGUCCAUAAGAAAUACAGGAAACUGGCGAUGUUGAAAUCAUGGACAGUAACGAGAUGGCUUGGUAACGAGAGACAAAGGGAUCAAGUAGUCACGGCCAUGAUUUGGUUACGUGAGGGAACAAUAUUAUUACAAGCCAGAGCCAUAACAUACCUGAGGGAGGGAGGGAGAGAGAGAGAGAGAGAGAAAGAGAGAGAGAGAGAGAGAAUAAAGUAACAAUCUAUAAUCCAUGACACCACUAGGUGGCUUUAACACUACAGAAAAGGUUUAAUUCUUUGGAAGUAACACUGUCUCACUGUUACACUGCAUUUCCAGACCACCACACAUCAGAUAUUUCAUUUAGCUUUUAUUAAACAGAAUGAAGUGUUUCUACACUGUAUCAUGGUGUGUUGGUGUGAAUGAAGUCAGUGUGAAUGUGUCUGUGUGAAGCAGAUGGUGAAGAAUGGGGAGAGUACGGGCCGAGGAAAAUCGUUCUUGUAUCCCAAACAUGACACUCAUCGCUGGAGUAAGAGGGUCAUCCAGGAGAUCUGUGCUUUCCUCAUCCUCUCCAA